AUGGAUUUUAAGACACCUCUUUUUCUCUUUCUCUUGUUUGUUAUUGUCUCAACCUCCCAAGCCCUCAAAUUCGAUAUUGGAGGAACUCCUGGAUGGUCUCUAAACCCUUCCGAGAAUUACAACCAAUGGUCUGGAAGGAACAGGUUCCUAGUCAACGACAUUCUGGUUUUCAAGUACAAGAAGGGUUCAGACUCGGUGUUGGAAGUGAACAAAGAAGCUUAUGAUAAAUGCAACAAAACAAACCCAAUCAACAAGUUCGAAGAUGGUAACACAGAGUUUACUUUGGAUCGAUCUGGGCCAUUCUAUUUCAUUAGUGGAAAUGAUCAAAACUGUGAAAAGGGUCAGAAAUUAACCCUUGUUGUUAUAUCCCCUAGAGGACACACACCGAAAUCUUCUCCUUCACCGUCUCCCUCUCUUUCCGCUUCUCCUCCUGCAAAUACACCAAAUCUAUCUCCAUCCGUCAGUACGCCUCCAGCCGGUGAACCUACGGCUCCACCUCCUACGGCGGGUGGACCACCUGCUCCAUCACCGAUCUCUCCUUCCUCGGAAGCUUCACCGCCAUCUCCAUCUCCAACUAUACCAGCAGAUGGUGCCGCGGCGCCGGGUGCACAGUCUAUGGCACCUGGGGGAGCAGCGGUUCCACCGGCGUCAUCUGAUUCAAUAGCGCCUUCGAGGUCUCUGGUGUAUUCCGUUGCAGUUGUUGUCGGUGCUGUGUUUUUGUGUUACGGAAACAUUUUGGGUUGA